AUGAAAUGGAUUUCGACGCUUCUCCAUAUUCUGCUAUUAACCUAUAAGCUAGAUGUAAUUAACUCGUGUAUUGCUACAUCACCAACUGCUGAUCCUACUACAACCACUACCGAAGCAACAACCACUACUGAAAUUACCACAACAACUGAAGAAGUUACAACUACAACUGAACCUGUAACAACUACCACGACACCAACAACAACAUCAACGACUUCCACAACAACCACAACAACUCCAACUACUACUACAACAACAACGCCAACCACCACGACCUCGACCACCUCAACUACGACGACAACCACCCCAACAACCACCACCUCAACUACUACCACCACAACCACGACCACAACUACAGCAACUCCAACCACUACGACUACAACUAUGCCUCCGUGCAAUCCAAACGCUGUUAGCUUGGGAAUGGGAGAUGCCAACAAUCCACAGAUUUUCAUCGAUGUCACUUAUAACAACUACCUUUCGACCACCGAUCCAGUAACUGGAAUCGUCACAUCAACAAUGACUGUAACAUGUAGUGCACUCAAUGGAUACAACACAUACAUGCUAUUCAAUGGAGGUCAAGGUGGUCCAGCAGAUAAUCAAAAUCUACCGCAAACCAUAUCAAUCACAUUAGUAUGUACAUCGGAUACAAUGGUCUGGAAUUACGAGGUAACAAUCAAUGGUGUUACAUACACUCGAGCAGUGUCGUCCGUUACUUGCCAACAAGCUCCGAAUGUAGGUUGAGUUUCAUGAUUUAGAAUUUUCAUGCUUAAUUGUUUUUUAAUAAUUGUACAAAGUAAUAAAUAAGUUUCGAAAAU